AUGGCGCCGUCAAUACGGAAAAAGCGGGCGCUAGAUGAUGCCGUAAACCCCAGAGCUUCACGACCAAAGAAGAAAUUUAAGAAGCAGCUGGAUUACAACAGCAGCUCUUCCGGAGAUGAGCCAGACCCACCCGUCACAAUUGUCCCCGGUACUCAGGACUCUGAUGAAAACAAAAGCUCCGCCAUUGAAAUCGAGGAACCCGAACACGACCCUACGGAUUUAGUUUUAGAAAAGGAUAACUCAGAUGUAUCUAAUUCCGAGAACGAAUCCGAUUCCUCCGCAGAUUCUGGCUCUUCCUCGGUUGGCUCUCACACCUACACUACCAAACUGCGGAAACAGACCUCCAAACGCAAUGAUCCCGCCUCCUUUUCUACAUCUAUGAUUAAGAUCCUUGGUACAAAACUUCCCUCAUCUGCCCGCGCAGAUCCCCUGCUCUCGCGAAGCAAAUCGACGGCUCAGACUACGGCAGAUAUUGCCAACGAAAAGCUCGAAAAACGAGCGCGCGCAAAAUUACGCGCCGAAAAGAAAGAGGAAUUGGAUCGUGGCCGGGUGACAGACGUAUUAGGCGUCGAACGUGGCGAGGCUGGUGAAACUGCAGAACAGGAAAAGCGGCUGAGAAAAAUUGCGCAACGGGGUGUUGUUAAGUUGUUUAAUGCUGUGCGCGCAGCCCAGGUACGAGGCGAGGAAGUUGCUCGAGAAGAGAGAAGCAAACGAGCAACCGUCGGCAUGGACGAGCGAGAGAAGAAAAUUAAUGAAGUGAGCAAACAAGGGUUCUUGGAGCUCAUCAACGGCAAAGGGGGAGAACGGCUGGCUAUCGAAGAGGCGUGA